ACAUGUAAACAGAGAAUACUAGCCAAGGCCUACAGUAAAAUAUUUCUUAUUUAUUUUGCUGUCAGUGUAAAGCUAGGUAUAGUUCUUCAUAUCUGUAAAUAUACACACGUGUGUGGGCGAUGGAUUAUUAUUUUUUUGCCUCAAAUAUCAAACUUUCCGAUAGAUGUCGGGAGGAAGAACAUUCCAAUUAAUAAAAUCGACUUGAGAUGGGAGCAAGCGCCUCGAUAUCUCUCUGUAGCGACUCAUCUGCUGUGAGAAUUCGGAAGCACAAUGCGAAGAUCAGCCCUGAGCCGACUGUUCCAGGCCCUGACACCAGUCCUGUCUUUGGGGUAACCCUUGAGAGGCUGAGGGAAGAUGGACAGCUUGUUUGUGGAGUGCCCCACAUGCUGCGACACAUGGUGGAUUUCCUGUACAGAAAUGGUGUGCAGCAGAGGGGUCUGUUCCGUCUGUCUGGCUCUGUGGUAAGGACCAGGCAGCUGAGGCUGAUGUGGGACAGGGGAGAGAGAAUGGAUCUGGUGGAGGAGGAUGUCUCAAUUGUGGCCUCCCUGCUCAAGCUCUUCUUCAGGGAGCUGCCCAGCCCCAUCAUACCAGAGCCUCAGCGCAAGGACCUGGUUCUCAGCCUCACAGAAUGUAAGAAUGAGGCAGAGUUGAACGCGGCUCUGAAAGAGAAACUCAGCAGCCUACCUGUCGACAACCACAGCAUCCUGUCUUACCUCCUCCACUUCCUGUCAAGGGUGGCCUCUCACAGCCAAUCAAAUCACAUGCCAGUGGAGAACCUGGCCACAGUCUUUGGACCCUGUAUAUUCCAUGUUCCAUCAGGGCCUAGGAUGCUGGAAGAGCAGAGUGUGUGUAAUGCCCUGUUGCUCCACCUCCUGAGACAUCAAUCUGUUGUCUUUAUCUGUCCCCCGGACCUUCCACACCCGCCUCCUAGCCAGGACACCCCAUCACCACCCCCACCCCUCGCAGCCCUGUCCCAUUUUGAGUCCCGGCUGCAGGAGAGACUGGGGGGUCCUACCAGCACCUCUCGGUCAGAGGAGAGUAACAGUGUGGGAAGGUUUGACGGAGAUAGCACCACGUCAGAGACAGGAAGUCUUACUACCAACACACCCAGAAAGGCAUGGACGCCAUCUAACCUGAACAGUCCUGAGACUUUGGACAUUGGCUCGCACCUCACCACCCACACACAGCACCUGCUCCCAGACCUGUUGGAGGAUGUUGUGGAUGGAGAACCUGGCUGUGUUCUCACCUGCUCCACUUAUCCUGGACCAGCUGAGGAGACAAGCCAACAGGAGGAGGAGGAUCCUGGACCAGCUGAGGAGACUAGCCAACAGGAGGAGGAGGAUCCUGGACCAGCUGAGGAGCCUAACCAACAGGAGGAGGAGGAUCCUGGACCAGCUGAGGAGCCUAGCCAACAGGAGGAGGAGGAUCCUGGACCAGCUGAGGAGCCUAGCCAACAGGAGGAGGAGGAGGAUCCUGGACCAGCUGAGGAGCCUAACCAACAGGAGGAGGAGAAUCCUGGACCAGCUGUGGAACUUAGCCAACAGGAGGAGGAGAAUCCUGGACCAGCUGGGGAGCUUAGCCAACAGGAGGAGGAGGAUCUUGGACCAGCUGGGGAGCCUAGCCAACAUGAGGAGGAGAAUCCUGGAUGUCUCAGGGGAAGGACAAGGUCACAACAGGAGGAAGACCCAGCUACCUCCUCCAGCAUAAAGGACGAAGAGGACGAAGAGAAGGAGAGGGGCACAACCCGUUUAGCCAUCUGUGGACUCAUGGACCACAGUAAAGAAGACUAUUACCAGGAUCAUGACCCCUCCAGCUCUGAGCGCGUCAGGUGUGUGGCAGUGAGCUGGCAGGCUCAGGACACCCAGAAUCAAGACCAGCACAAAAACAGCAUGACCCGAAUAGAGAUGGCCGAUGGAAUAAACCUGUCUGACUCUGAAAAGAGCCCCUCCCUCAAGCAGCAAGCUCUGGAGGCUGAGCUGUGCCCCUCGCCACCCGGAACCCCUCAGGAGAACCUGGAUCACCCCCCUUGUACCAAGGACCACCAGAACCUAACCCCAUCUCUCCACUCCCUCCCAAAACAGGAACAGGACAUCAUCAGUACCUCACUGACAGAAGCUAGUCCGGUCCAGAGGCCCUCCGUGUCUCUCUCUGAGGGCAGUAGCAGUGAGUGUCUGAUGACCCCUAGUCCCAGUCCUCUCCUUCAGCGUCUUGCAGUGGGUGACUGUCCCGUACCGUCCCCCCGCAGCCACAACCUCAGCUUGGGCCAUCGCUUCAACACGGACCCUGAAACAGCCCCCUCCCCACCCUGCUCACAACACAUCAGGAUGGCUCACUACACAGUGAGGACUGAACCAGCAGAGGGUGCUAACAAGGCCCCAUCGGUCACGACGCUCAACAGACACAUCCAGAACGUGAGGAAGAGGAUCAGACACUUCGAGGAGCACUUUGAGCAUGAGAGACAGUACAGGCCAGCACACAAUGAUAGGACUGCCCAUCCUGAGGUGUCUAGACUGAUGCGGGACCUCACCAAGUCUCGAAAGCAGCUCAAAGAGCUGAAGCUGAAACAGUGUGCAGAGGGGCUCAGAGAGCAGCACAAAGGGGGAAACACAGGGACAUGCAGGUCCACAAGUGAACCCAAGGGGCCGAUGGAACACUACCACAACAGUAACAACAAACCCUCACUGGAGGAGACCAUUGAUAGCCUGAUGAAGAGACUGAUGGAGAAACGAGAGGAGGAGGAACUGCCUGAUAACAUCAAGGAGAUGACUCCAGCUCAGAUGGCUGUGGAGAAGGUCACCCUGCAGAAGUGUCUGCUCUACUUUGAGAGCCUGUAUGGGCGACCGAGCACCAGACAGGAGAAGACUCUGAUGAAGCCUCUCUAUGAUCGCUACCGCCAGGUCAAACAGCAGCUCCUGUGUUCACCCACCACCAUCCCUGUCAUCACCACCAUAGAGGAAGAGGAGGGUUCUGAUGAAGAGUGUGUGAAGGACAGCACCUGGCUACCUCAUACAGCGCUGCGUUGUGUGUCUUCAGAUGAGUCACUGCGUCUGCCGCAUAGUGAAGUGGCCAUUAUGCCCCUGGUGUCACCUCUGGAGGAGAUCAAAGGUCUACAGCCGCCCAGUGUCACCACGGCAACACUGCACGAGGCAUCAAGGUCAGAGUUACUAGAGCAGCUGAGGGUGACGCGAGCUGAGAAGAAGAGACUCCGUUCAGCUCUCCGAGUCUUUGAGGACCACUUCUACACACAGACCGGCCGGGCUGCCCAGAAAGAGGACCAUGGGCCCAUGGCAGAGGAGUACUGCGAGUACAAGAACUUAAAAGCUAAACUCCGUUUGCUGGAUGUCCUGCUCAGUAAACGGGAUACUCCGAAGACUGUUUGAGCCUCCUUCACAGUGGGACUUUUAUUUUGAAACAGUUUUUUUUGGCUCACUUUAUUGGAUCAUUUUUUUUCCAGAACAAAUUUCAAAGUGAGAUACCGGUACUUCUGGUCAUGUUUCAUGCGAUGCUUACAUGGUGAUGCACUUUAAAUUACUUUGAUGUUGACUGACUCUCACUUUGGUUAAGAGUGAUGGCAAGAUGAUGCAAGAAUUGCUGGGCCACAUCCAGCUAUUUUUAGUCCCUUAACAAGUCCUUUGUUAUUCAUGACAAAUUAUACUUUUUUCUGCAACUGAUGUAGCGAGUGUAACACUUUCAUUUUAAGGAAAAAAAGAGAACAAAUAUAUCACGGUUGAUGUUAGAAAUGUUAUUUUAUGCUAUUCUAAGCUAUUUUAUGGCACUUUAUUGUUACUUGCAUUUUGUUCUUGCCAAACUAAUGUCGAUAUAACAGGUACGUAACGUGGUCUACUACGUUCAAAUGCUGCUCUUUGAAAAGUGCAAUCUUGGCAAGGGGGAUAUGUCAUCCGAAUACACAAUCCGACAAUCCUGUAGAAUGUUUGUGCAUGUCAAUCCGUUUUUAGUCCCACAAUGUACUAUCAUAUGUAAUAGUUCAUAGUUGAUAUGAUGAAUUGUGGCAAUUCAAGUUAUACAUUACCUUGGAAAAAAACUAACUUGUGAAUGUUGGCAUAGUGCAAGUUACUCAAAUCUGUGUUGUUUUCUCCUUUUUGUGUUUUUCAUCCAACAAUGCAAUUGUUUACUAGGAUCAGAGCUCUUGACAUUGUGCACUUCUGGUUUAUAUGUGUAUAUAUAUCAGUAAAAAAUAAAUAUUUUUUCACAUUACUUUACUAAA